GGCCCCGUCAUGGCGUUCAACCCGGGGACCACCGAUUUCUCGCAGGCGUCCAAGGACGCCGAGCUGGCCGCUUCGUUCGGCAGAACGGGCGCGCGGGCGUCCGAGUUUCUGGAUAGGGCGUACGAGCGCCAUGGGGAGCACGGGGUGGUCUACGUCUGCUUCGGCACGGAAUACUGGCCGUCGUCGAUGGAUCACCUCAGCAUUCUGCUGUACGCCCUGGAGCGCAGGAAAAUCCCAUUCCUAUUCGCCCACGCCUCGCGCGCAGCCUCGAUCCCGGACGGCCUGAGGGCCCACUUUGACAAUUCAGAGACCGCGAUGCUCGUGCCCUGGGCUCCCCAGCAGACGGUCCUCGCUCACAAGGCUUGCGGGUGGUUCGUCACGCACGCAGGGUCCAACAGCACGAUGGAAGCGGUCAGCCAGGGCGUCCCGAUGGUCUGCUGGCCGUUCGCCGCCGACCAGCCCAUGAACGCCGCGCGCCUCGUGCACCGCCUCGACGUCGCCUUCGAGCUCGUGGAGGUGCGCAUGGGCGCCGCAUCUUCGAAACCGAUCUUCGCGACUGGGCAGACGCCCGCGGGCACGCGCGCCGCGGUCGAGGCGGAGCUCGACGGUACCCUGGAAGCGAUGUACGGCGCCGUCGGCGCGAGGAAGCGGGCGAACGCGCGGAGGGUUCGGGAGAGGCUCGCUGGUGCGUGGAGGGAGGACGGCGAGGCGAGGCGGGCGCUCGAGCGGCUGUUGGAUAGGUAUUGUACGCCUUGAUGUAGAUGGGUUCGUGUGCGGUAGAGCGGCUCACCGGUGCUGCGCGAGCACGGCGAGGCGCGAAUGUAACUGCGUCGGUGAGACACAACACCCGCUGCG